AAAGAAGAGAGGAAACGUCGACGGGGGGUGGCGAAAAGGGAGGAGAACGCAUGCGCGCGAUAUACGACGGCUGCACCAAAACCGGAGAACCUGUUAUCAGAGAAACAGUGGCUGGGCCAAUUAUCAGCAGCAGGCGAGAUUCGUGCAGGGCCUCGUCUGCCCUGCGAGUUGUCACAUCCUCGUUCCUUCGGAAUUUUCAUCUCAAUCGUCCGCGUUCUCCAUAAACGCUCCUGGACUCUUUAAAUCUAACGCGUUCAGCUUUCGACUUAAUUAAAAUCGAAAAUUAUAUAAUUGUCUAUACGUUGUCGAUAUUGAUGUAGGUUGUGUCUACGUUAUAAUGUGUGUGUACGUGUGUGUGUGGAUAGGAAUAGUAGGCCGACGUGACAACGCAUUUUGCAUGUAACGUGUUUUCGAUAUACAGUGUUUUUAUCGUCUACCAAGAGAGUGUCCAGACAUGUAAAGACAGUAAAGAGAUUCGAGAUUAAAUGCAAACUGCAAAUCAUUCGAAGGUGGCUUUGAGAAAAUGCGUCUCCUUUCGCCUUUAUUACUUUUUAACGCGACUGGAAAUUAUUACGCGGCGCGGCGACUUAUAUAAAAGAUAUCGCGUAUUAAUCGAGCCAAUUCGCCGUAUUCGGAAAAAUUUUCAAUUUGUCCGACAACCUCGUGACGUACGAUCAUGAAAGACUCGGAUGCACACGGGUGAUAGUCUUCGAGGAGAAAGCUACCGUUAUAUUAUCAGACCGCGGAGCCCAAAUGUCCCAAUUUGUAUCGAGCCAUUAAGAGAAGCGACAGCGAUGAUUUAUGAAAAUCGACGGACACGCUAAUUGCCUGUCGAUAUAAUUUAUCAGAUGGUGGUUUUUCUUUUUACAUUCGCGCAGGCACAGGUCGUUGUUGCUUUGCUUUGCGCGUAUGGAAGAGGGCUGAAAUAAUUUCGUCAGUUGUGUAACGAAACAUGCGGCGGCUACUUAAUCACGAUACGGCAUAAUGAAGCAGAUUCGAUACCUGUUCCUGAGGGUGGUCGGGGCAAUGGUGGUCGGCGCGGCCGUUUGCAGUCGUAUUCCCGGCUUGGCGAAAAGCCAGCGCGAGCAGUGCAGAAAAGCGCCGCACGCCAUGCCGGCGGUGGGCGAGGGCGCCGCCAUGGGUCUGCGCGAGUGCCGGCACCAGUUCCGACAUCACCGCUGGAACUGUUCCCACGUGUCCAACGACCAGGUCUUCGGCCACGUGGUGGUAGUGGGUAGCAGGGAGGCGGCUUUCACAUACGCGAUAAGCUCGGCUGGUGUGACGUAUGCGGUUACUGCAGCUUGCAGCCGCGGCAACAUCACCGCCUGCGGUUGCGAACCUGCUGUAAGGACGAGAAAGGAAGUACCGCCGAACGGCUGGGAAUGGGGUGGCUGCAGUGCCGACGUCACAUACGGAAUGAGGUUCGCGCGUAGGUUUCUGGACGCGAGGGAGAUUGAAGGAGAUGCUCGGAGCUUGAUGAAUCUUCACAACAACAAGGCCGGAAGAAAGAUCGUUAAAACUUAUCUGCAAAAGGAGUGCAAAUGUCACGGUGUGUCUGGAUCGUGCACCGUGAAAACGUGUUGGCGAACGUUACCCAGUUUUCGCAAAAUCGGCGACGAGCUCAUGAAAAAGUAUUACAGGGCAAAACCUGUCAUAGCUGUUACAGCAUCACCUCCGUCCACGGUUCAGACGUUGGACGCGAUGUCGCAUUCCGUGUCGCCGGAAUUGGUACCUAUAUUGGGCAACGACGCCAAAACUCAAGGUAAACCGAAUGACUUCACCAAGUCGCGGCACGAUCGGCAGUCCACGUUUAAGACCGGCAAAGCGCGGAAACCGCACUUGGUUUUGAAGACGAAAGUCGGCGGUGGUCCGGGUAUGGGGCUGAAGAGGAUCCCGAAGAGAAACGAGCUCGUCUUUUUGCAACCUUCCCCCAAUUAUUGCGAGCCGAAUUUAACGCAGGGUAGUCUCGGCACACAGGGCCGAUAUUGCAAUCGUACUAGCAAAGGAACCGAUGGAUGUGAUUUGAUGUGCUGCGGUCGUGGCUACAACACCCACCAAUUCACGAGAACGUGGCAGUGCAAAUGCAAGUUUCACUGGUGCUGCCGCGUACACUGCGAUACUUGUACUGAACGGACCGAGGAGUACACUUGCAAAUAACGCUCUUACCGACGCACGAUGUGUACAUACCUGCGAACAUUUUUACCGACGAUAAAGUCUAGCCUCGAAAGCGCGGGAAAAACGACACGCAAGAAAAAUGUCGAUCUCACACAUAUGUAAUAUUAUAUGUCAUUAUAUAAAAGCGAAGUCUGCGCUAAAAAAUACAUAUAUUAAUAAUUGCAUAUGAAUUUUUUAUCGUUCAAUUCGAUUGAUUCUGUAAAAUUCUUAGCAGAAUUCCGGGCCCAUAUUAAAUAUUAAAUAAUUACAGAAUUUUACAAAAAUAAAUUUAAACAUAAUCCUAUCAUUGAAUUUAUAUCCUAGAAAUUUAUAUUCGAUAGUUUCUUCUUGUACGUCGUUUAUACACUAAAAAAAAUUAUUGAAUUCAAAUAUUUAU